CGAUAAUUCUUAAAUCUGGGGGCGAUAAUCGCGUGACGGGGGAGUUUAUCUACCUUUUAUCUACUAAUCGACACGAUUUAAAUUUAAUUGGUUCAAAUUUGGGAACCCAUUUUGAGUUUAGCAGUCGCCAGCCCGCCACACCAUGUCCUUCCUCGGCAAAACUUACGAGCACCAGAGAGACGAAAACUUCAAGGAGUUCUUGGACUCUCCAGGUAUCCCCGAGGACUUCAAGCAGAAGAUCCUGAGCAUGAAGGCGUCCCAGAAGAUAGAGAAAAACGGCGACGAGUACACCCUCACCACCAACGACGCCGGGAACAUCAAGGAGCUCAAGUUCAAGAGCGGAGUUGAGUUCGACGAGAAUGUCUUCGAGAAAGUCGUUACGAAGACGACCAUCACGGUGGAGGGAGACGUGGUGCGGCAGAAGCGCGUGGCGCCGGACGGCCGCUCCAUGGGCGUCGAGAGACACUACAACGGCGACGAGAUGAUCCUGGUCAUCGCAGCUAAGGAUGGAAACGCUCGCCGCUACUACAAGGCUGUCUAAUAUUUCAAGAAAUCUCCCAUGUACUAUAUAAGUGAUCAUAUCAAAUCAACCUAUUUACUAAAUUAUAUAAAAUUGAAGAAAACAUCGUAUCCUUGUUUUUUUUUUGUUUGGAGUUAUCAGAUAACC